AUGAGUUUGUCAGAUUUGAAGAACAGCAUCUUGGAGAAGCUUGGCGUGUUGGGUAGCAAGUGGGUGAAUAAACUAUUCUACAAGAUUCUCAUGGCGGUUGUCUCGACUGGUGUUCAGUAUGAAACCUUUGCGGUUAAGGCUGAUGAAGAUAUUAGGGUUUUGUUCUACUGUGUAAGGAGUUUUUCGGAGAUCAGAAUCCAUGAGUUGUUCGCAAAGUUGGAGGUUGGUGUCGAUAGUUCUGGGGCAUCCGCUCCAGUUCCUAGCCCAACUGCCGCGGGUGGUGCAUCUAGUUCGAUGCCUGCGGUCAAACCGUAUCUUCCGCCGGUUCAAUCACCUUCGUUUGCGGCUGAUUUAGACCGAACAGAGGUUGUUGGUUCUGUACCUUUGGAGAAUGCAGUAGUCAUUGAGCCUCCGCACGUUGUGGGCACCGGUGGUGGCCUGGUACCUUAUAUCGAAGACUUUGGUGGACCUGAUCAAGUAGAGAAUGCAAUGCGUGACGAUGAGUCUGACCAGGAGCCUGUUGAUAUCGUUGGUGACAGCGACGAUGACACAGGUGGCGAUCCACAUGCGCAGCAUCGGCCUUCAUGUUCUAAUUCUCAUCAAUACCCUCCACACUUCUCCACACUAAACAUGGAUGCUCUUGAAUUUCAGAUUGGGCAAUCAUUCCAGAGUAAAGAUGAAGCUGUGCUGAGUGUCAAGGACUAUAGCAUACGGCGAGGUGUUGAGUACAGAGUCAUCGAAUCAGAUCAUUUGAAGUAUCAGGGAAAAUGCAAGGAAUUCGGCAAGGGUUGUAGUUGGUUGAUUCGUGUAGCGCUUCUUGCACGAAAGGGCACUUGGGAGGUUAGGAGGUACAACGGGCCACACACAUGCCUCACAACUUCUAUUUCAAGUGAUCACCGUCAGCUGGAUUACCACGUUAUCUGUGCGAGGAUUCUUCCUAUGGUUAGGGUAGAUGCUGCGGUUACGGUAAAGGUACUUCAACAAGCGACAGAAGCCGAUUACGGUUUCAGGCCUAGUUACAGGAAGGUUUGGAUGGCUAAGCAGAAGGCAGUGGCACAAAUAUAUGGAGAUUGGGAAGAGUCUUACGUGGAGUUGCCACGUUGGAUGCUAGGGGUCUAG